GCACACAGCUCAGACCGCCUGCAGCAGCAACGCGCACCGCUACUGCCGCGACUGCAUCAAGGGCUGCUCCAGGGGCCAGCGUGGCUGCAACGUGCUCCGCGAUCCCCGCGGAACUUCUUCUCUGCGCUCCCGGCGGGGGGCAGGAGCGCGGCGCCCAGUGUUACAGACGCCCGCAGAGCUUCAGAAGCCGGAGGAGCGCCGCCUGGCGCGCCACAGUCCACAACAGUCCCGGCGUUGCCCUCGGCUGGCGUCUGGCUCGCGGAUCCCUGCCUUGGGCACCAUGGACACCUCCCGCGUCGGCGUGCUCCUGUCCUUGCCUGUGCUGCUGCAGCUAGCGGCUGGAGGCGGCUCGCCCAAGCCCGGUGCGCUACCGCGGGGCUGUCCCACACACUGUCACUGCGAGCCCGACGGCAGAAUGUUGCUCAGGGUGGACUGCUCGGACCUGGGACUCUCGGAGCUGCCCUCCAACAUCAGUGUCUUCACCUCCUACCUAGACCUCAGUAUGAACAACAUCAGCCGACUGCCCCCGGGUCCCCUGCACAGCCUCCGCUUCCUAGAGGAGCUACGUCUUGCCGGAAACGCUCUGACAUACAUUCCCAAGGGAGCAUUCGCUGGCCUUUACAGUCUUAAAGUUCUUAUGCUGCAGAACAAUCAGCUAAGACAGGUGCCCACGGAAGCUCUGCAGAAUUUGCGAAGCCUCCAAUCCCUGCGUCUAGAUGCCAACCACAUCAGCUACGUGCCACCCAGCUGUUUCAGUGGCCUGCAUUCCCUGAGGCACCUGUGGCUAGAUGACAAUGCCCUGACAGAAAUCCCUGUCCAGGCUUUCAGAAGUUUAUCAGCAUUGCAAGCCAUGACCUUGGCCCUGAACAAAAUACACCACAUACCAGACUAUGCCUUUGGAAACCUCUCCAGCUUGGUAGUUCUGCAUCUCCAUAACAAUAGAAUCCACUCCCUGGGAAAGAAAUGCUUUGAUGGGCUCCACAGCCUAGAGACUUUAGAUUUAAAUUACAAUAACCUUGAUGAAUUCCCCACUGCAAUCAGGACCCUCUCCAACCUUAAAGAACUAGGAUUUCAUAGCAACAAUAUCAGGUCAAUACCUGAGAAGGCAUUUGUAGGCAACCCUUCUCUUAUUACAAUACAUUUCUAUGACAACCCCAUCCAAUUUGUUGGGAGAUCUGCUUUUCAACAUUUGCCUGAACUAAGAACACUGACUUUGAAUGGUGCCUCACAAAUAACUGAAUUUCCUGAUUUAACUGGAACUGCCAACCUGGAAAGUCUGACUUUAACUGGAGCACAGAUCUCAUCUCUUCCUCAAACCGUCUGUGAUCAGUUACCUAAUCUCCAAGUGCUAGAUCUGUCUUACAACCUGUUAGAAGAUCUACCCAGUUUUUCAGUCUGCCAAAAGCUUCAGAAAAUUGACUUCCAACAUAAUGAAAUCUAUGAAAUUAAAGUCAACACUUUUCAGCAAUUGCCUGGCCUCCGAUCUCUGAAUUUAGCUUGGAAUAAAAUUGCCAUUAUUCACCCCGAUGCAUUUUCUACUUUGCCAUCACUAAUAAAGCUGGACCUAUCGUCCAACCUCCUGUCGUCUUUUCCUGUAACUGGGUUACAUGGUUUAACUCACUUAAAAUUAACAGGAAAUCAUGCCUUACAGACCUUGAUAUCAUCUGAAAACUUUCCAGAACUCAAGAUUAUAGAAAUGCCUUAUGCUUACCAGUGCUGUGAAUUUGGAGUGUGUGAGAACAUCUAUAAAAUUCCUAAUCAGUGGAAUAAAGGUGACAACAGCAGUGUGGAUGACCUUCAUAAGAAAGAUGCUGGGAUGGUUCUGGUUCAAGAUGAGCGUGACCUGGAAGAUUUCCUGCUGGACUUUGAGGAAGACCUGAAAGCCCUUCAUUCAGUGCAGUGUUCACCUUCUCCAGGCCCUUUCAAGCCCUGUGAACACCUGUUCGGUAGCUGGCUGAUCAGAAUCGGAGUGUGGAUCAUAGUAGUUCUGGCGAUUUCUUGCAACACCUUGGUGAUUUCAACAGUGUUCAGAUCCCCUCUGUACAUUUCCUCCAUAAAACUGUUGAUUGGGGUCAUUGCAGUGAUGAACAUGCUCAUGGGUGUCUCCAGCACUGUGCUGGCUGCCAUAGAUGCAUUCACUUUUGGCAGCUUUGCGCAGCACGGUGCAUGGUGGGAGAAUGGGGUCGGUUGCCAAAUCAUUGGGUUUUUGUCCAUUUUUGCUUCGGAAUCAUCUGUUUUCCUGCUUACUCUGGCAGCCCUGGAGCGUGGGUUUUCUGUGAAGUGUUCUGUAAGAUUUGAAAUGAAAACUCCUUUUUCUAGCCUGAAAGCAAUUAUUUUGCUCUGUGCCCUGCUGGCCCUGACCAUCGCCACAGUUCCCCUGCUGGGUGGCAGUGAGUACAGUGCCUCCCCUCUCUGCCUGCCCCUUCCCUUUGGGGAACCCAGCACCACUGGCUACAUGGUGGCUCUUGUCUUGCUCAACUCCCUUUGCUUCCUCAUAAUGACCAUUGCCUACACCAAGCUCUACUGCAACUUGGAGAAGGGAGACCUGGAGAAUAUCUGGGACUGUUCCAUGGUGAAACACAUUGCUCUGUUGCUCUUCACCAACUGUAUCCUUUACUGCCCGGUGGCUUUCUUAUCCUUCUCCUCUUUGCUGAACCUCACAUUUAUCAGUCCUGAAGUAAUUAAAUUUAUCCUUCUAGUGAUUGUCCCACUUCCUGCCUGUCUCAAUCCCCUUCUUUACAUCCUCUUCAAUCCCCACUUUAAGGAGGAUCUGGGGAGCCUGGGAAAGCAAACCCACCUCUGGACAAGAUCAAAACACCCAAGCUUGAUAUCUGUUAACUCAGAUGAUGUUGAGAAACAGUCCUGUGACUCAACCCAAGCCUUGGUAACCUUCACCAGCGCCAGCAUAGCCUACGACCUGCCUUCCAAUUCUGUGUCAUCGCCAGCUUAUACAGUGACGGAAAGCUGUCAUCUUUCAUCUGUAGCAUUUGUCCCAUGUCUCUAAUUAAUAUGUAAGGAAAAGUUUUUCAAAAGAUGGGAACUUGAAAAUGUGAGAUUGAGGACAUCAGAGCAGUAGCUAAGAAGACUGGGGUGAAACUGGGUUUAAAAACCAAAAAAUAAAAUAAAAUAACCUCUCAGUGUGAUAAAACUGAUACCUAUUGAUACUUGAGAGUGAAAUACAAAUCUAAAUGCUGCUUGUAUGUUGUUGAGCUUAGAUCAGUCACAUUACUGAUAUUGACCCAGAUCAAAAAAUCAAAUUGAAAUGCUCUUUAAUAAAAGAGUCUCCAUGAUUUUGCAUUCUCU